CCUGCCCGCGUCUCUCGCCUCCCCCUUUGGCUCCAACUGUCGCCUUCUUUAUAAAGCCUGGCUCUCCCAUCACCCCCACUGGCCCCUCACUGCUGCUGCCAGCUCUGGGCUCCAUGGACUGGUCCCAUCUGAGGCUCCCCUGACUGUCCCUGCCCCCACCCCCACCCCGGAUCCCGGCAAUGCUAACCGCUGUCUGCGGCUCUCUGGGCAGCCAGCACACUGACGCGCCUCACGCCUCCCCACCUCGCCUCGACCUGCAGCCUCUCCAAACAUACCAGGGCCACACAAGCCCGGAGGCCGGGGACUACCCCUCCCCGCUGCAGCCUGGAGAGCUGCAGAGCCUCCCGCUGGGCCCAGAGGUGGACUUCUCACAGGGCUAUGAGCUGCCGGGGGCCGCCUCGCGGGUAACCUGCGAGGACCUGGAAAGUGACAGUCCUUUGGCUCCAGGACCGUUUUCCAAACUCCUGCAGCCAGACAUGUCGCACCAUUAUGAAUCGUGGUUCCGGCCCACCCACCCAGGCACGGAGGAUGGCUCGUGGUGGGACCUUCAUCCGGGCACUAGCUGGAUGGACCUCCCCCACACUCAGGGCGCGUUGACCUCCCCUGGCCACCCCGGGGCGCUUCAGGCCGGUUUGGGGGGCUAUGUUGGAGACCACCAGCUUUGUGCUCCGCCGCCCCACCCGCAUCCACAUCACCUCCUCCCAGCUGCUGGAGGGCAGCACCUUCUGGGGCCGCCCGACGGGGCGAAGGCCUUGGAAGCGGCUGCCCCGGAGUCCCAGGGGCUGGAUUCCAGUCUGGAUGGGGCGGCCCGGCCCAAAGGCUCCCGGCGGUCAGUGCCCCGCAGCUCAGGCCAGACCGUGUGCCGUUGCCCCAACUGUCUGGAGGCUGAGCGACUGGGAGCUCCGUGUGGCCCAGAUGGGGGCAAGAAGAAGCACUUACACAAUUGCCACAUCCCAGGCUGCGGCAAGGCCUACGCCAAGACGUCCCAUCUGAAGGCACACCUGCGCUGGCACAGCGGCGACCGUCCCUUCGUGUGCAACUGGCUCUUCUGCGGCAAGCGCUUCACGCGCUCCGACGAGCUGCAGCGCCACCUCCAGACCCAUACCGGCACCAAGAAGUUCCCCUGUGCCGUGUGCAGUCGUGUCUUCAUGCGCAGCGACCACCUGGCCAAACACAUGAAAACCCACGAGGGUGCCAAGGAGGAGGCUGCGGGGGCGGCCACAGGCGAGGGCAAGGCCAGUGGAGCGGCGGAGCCCCCCGGGGGCAAAGGCAAGCGGGAGGCUGAGGGCGGCCCGGCACCAUCCAACUGAGCGCCGCGGGGUGGGGGGGGGCCGCCACCCUGGUCUCCGCUGGGGCAUCCGAAGAGAACCCUCAGGCCUGAAGCUUUUGGGAGUGGCUUGAGUGAGGGAGAAAGGUGGUUAUUUAUUGAUGGGGAGGAAAAGUGGUGCAGGGACAGGGAGACAGGGUGCUAGGGGUUUUUAGUCACUAGGGCUGGAAGGGCCAUGUUUGAUUGGUGGGCCAGGAGUAGCAGCGAAAGCCCUUCUGUUUUCCCUUCUGUCAUUAUUUCUCUCACGCCGCUGGACUGCGGAGGCGCGGGGUGGGGGGGGCACCGCUAAGGUAGCUGGUGGGGGGGAUGGGCUGGACAGCA